CCUCUUUGACCUUUCAAUCUAAAAAUGUCAAGCGCGGGAAAGAUCACGCGGUGAAUAUGGCGGAUGCUGUUGGCGCUUUUGGCCUCCAACGAAAACCACCUGCGGCCAACUUCUGGCGAGUUUUGUAUAGCACCAGUGAUAAACAUUUCCUCUCCAAUACAAUACUGCAUUUCUGAGUUGAAGGAGCCUAGCUUGCCCCUUCCUUGGCUCCGGUCGUUCUAAAUACGCCAUUGUUGACGUUUGGUCACGUGAUAAGGGAUAGAUACAGAGUCGUCUGCUCGUGGUUUUAUCAAAUAUGUUGCUGAUAUCGCGGAGGUACUACAGUCGACCUGACUCGAGUUACUUUUGGAUGUAGACACUUCGUGUGGAAGGAUGCGGGAGACGUGAACAUAGCGGCUUCGGAUACCAUGGUGUGUCGUCUGCUCGUGAUUCUAGCCGCAUGGACAGGCUUUACGUUCAUAACAGGUGCAGAUUCGUCUAAAGGAGAAGCCUGUGAAUGGCUGAUAUGCAACAUUCGCCCGAGAGACGAAUCCUUCGCUUGCGACAAUAACUCCUUGAUCUUCGUGGACAGCGUCACCAACUUCAGGGGGACACCCAACGACGCGGCGUAUCAGAACAUCCGCCAGAUGUGUAUGGGGGCGAGAUCAUGUGACCCCUCGAGGAUGUGCAGGCGGCGGACGGACCCCCUCAGGGUCCGAUACGUGUGUGUUUCAGCCUCGUCAAUGAGCAAUGAAUGCGGCUGGCCCGUAGAAACAAUAUGGCGGCGGGAGGGCCACAUCCAGACGCCAUUUUACCCAGCGGCCUUCCGGUCUCGGAGCUGUCUGUGGAGGGUGACGGCCCCGGAGGACAGGUUUGUCCAUCUGUCCAUCCACGACGUGUCUUCCGAGCAUUCCUCCAUGGAAUGUUACAGCGCCUUGAACGUUACCUACCAGGUGUGCGACACCGGUCUCGUGGUGUCUGUGAAAUACUGCGACAAGAUGCCCGCAAACACGACCGAAGUUAUAGCCUGUGGCACCGUCAGCGUGGAGCUGAUGACGACGAGGCCUGGAAGUAACGUGCGAUUCUGGUUGUCUUACGCAGUGACGUCUUCACCGGAAGAUGCUGUUCGGCCCCCGUUACUCAAGUUUGCGGGGCCAUGUACGCAAGGUCUGAGAACCUCAAGCCGUGUUUUAUCCUCUGAUGUUUUACAACUACCGAUUCUGCGGCCGCUGUAUCCAACUGCAGGAAUGGUGUCGUCAACGGCGAUUCCCGACUGGUACACCUCGACACUGAACACCGCCUUGACGAGCACGGAGACGCCAUCUAGCGAGCGGGAGAAGAUCAGCAUCACAGUUGUGAUUAUCGUGGUGUCGACAAUCGGAGCUGUCCUGCUCGUGGCCAUCAUCCUGACAGUUAUAUUCUUGAAACGUCCGAGAAUCGAGCGCGUGGAACACGUCUAUGCAGUACCUACCCCUUGCGACACAAGCCCUGGGAGUCCCCCAAGUUCAGCGUCCCCGUUAAAACACGAGCGGCCAAUAUUGAGGGACUGUUAUUGCGAGGUGGCUGACUCAAUAGCAUCCCGUGUUCAAGCCACACCGGCGUCACCAGGUUACGCAGAGGUCGAGGACGUUUGCAAGGGAGAUAACUGUCGUUGGGAUCCUCAGAAAUUUACGUUUGGGCCAUCAAUUCGACCUUUGCCGCCUAGUCAGUUGCCAUUUUCUUCGCAGAACAUUUCAACAUUCUCCCGAACUCAUCCGAACGGGAAAACCUUCGGGAGACUGCCGACGCACACACGGACAUUUUCGGAUCCAGCCCCACCUGGAUUAUUGUCCAACACAUCCGGGCCUUUCAUAACUCGCUCAACAAUAGGCAGAUCGUUUCGUGACCCUAAAAUCUCGGAUUACGAGAAUAUCGUUAUAGACAGUGAGCAAAAGAGUCCUCGUUUUGCGGACCAGAAUCAUCUGCUUCAUUCCCGUCUCAGCCGGGCCACGCCAUCAGCCAAGAACGUUCCUCGUGGAGUUGAAGUUACAGAUUUGAAAGUCCCAAAUCCGUCUUCCGAGGGACUCUACGCUACAAGCAGUGUCGUGAAUCAUUCUAAUGGACCGGUCAAACAACCGGGACCCGUUGUAUCUGAUCCCCGUACUAAAACCAAAAAACCUUUAGAACUGACCCAACCAAUAUACACUAACGUUCCCGGGAAUUCACCAGGAGGUGGUUCUAUUCGUCCCGGGAUCAAACCCACGGAUAACCAAAGACAGAAAUCAAAGGGAGGUAAUCGUGUGACAGAGGAGUCACGUGACCACUAACUAAUGGCUACAAUGGCUGUUUUCCUCAGUGACAUGUUAAUUUCUGUAUGAUAAUUGUGUAUAUAUUAUAUUUAGAGAGGAAUAUUUGUGGAAUGGAUACAGAACGAAGAUACCCACCGAUGUGUAUUUUUUGUGUCUGUGAAAAAAGGUCGAAUGUCAUGAUAACAGUGGGUACAGUAUGCAUUGAAUUAAGCGAGACCAGAGAUUUCAUUACGGACGUCAAUUGAAUGUGUGCAUAGGAAGGGAGACAACUCAUGUUGUUAUUGUGCAUUCGUUACCACGGCAGCAAACGAUCAACUGAGAUCGUGGAUAAUCUAGACUGCCUUGGAAGAAACCAUAGUCGGAGAAUGAACUUUGUGCUGAUUGGAUAUACGUGUAUUCCAUCCUAAUUCGUCACCUAUUAUCAUAACAAUGUUAUUUAUUCUGCAUUUAGGAUGGGACCUUUCAGACCAAGGUGUUCUAGUGACAAAGAAACAACGUGAAACUAUUCACUUUCCAUUUUGGGGGGAACGUGACAAUAUCCAAAAUUAAAAACAUCAUUUUGCUAAACCUGUCAAUUAGUCGAACCGUUUCUCAUUUGGUUUACGAACAUAAUUCCACCGAAUAUAAAAAAAAGUGUACAAAAUAAAAUUAUUAAAGCA